GUUUGUUGAGCCAGAGACAGAAAAGAAAAAUGGCGGCUCUAGGCGAACCCGAACGGGACGCCGGGCUAACAUUUUGAGCUUUCACACCCGAGGAUUGCAUGCUCAGCGCCAAGCCCGACAGCUCCGGUACUGCGGGGGGACCGCUUUUCGCUCGCUUCCUCGUCGGCUAAGAUCACGCAAUCACUGGGAUUUGAAACUAAUAGCCUUUGCCUAUCAUGAGAGGGAAAAGGGGCAGGCCGCCCAAACCGCUAGCAACCGAGGAGCAAUCGCCAGCUCCGGCUGCGACGAGGGGCUUGAGGCCGAGGAGGAAUAUUAAACCUCGCUUCCGAGACAGUGGGGACGAGGACGUGGUCAGUCCUGUCCGGGAAACACCCAAGCCGACCAGAAAAAAGAAAGCGGGAUCUGUCAUCUCGACUCGAGGUAGGGGACGACGAGGCAGAGGUGGCCGCGGAGGAAGAGGGGGUCGCGGAGGCAGGAAGACGCCUGGCUACAAAGCGGUGGUAUACGACGACCACGAGAGCGACGAGGACGACGACGCUGUCAGUUUGAGAUCGGAGGAAGAAGAGCCGGUUGAGGAGCCUCAGUCCGAAGAGGACGAGGCCCUCAAAGAAGACUCGGACUGCCUUGAUGAUGUGCUGGACGAGCCGGAGGAGGAGGAGGUGGAGGAGGAUGCCAGCUACUGUACGGAGAGUAGCUUUCGGAGUCAGAGCACGCACGCCAGCAUUCCGGGGAGGAAAAAGACCCUCGCCCCCCGACCCCGCACCCUCAUCCUCGAGGAGAAAAACAUUCCCCCUCUCGAGCUACCCACAUCUUCCGAGGAUCUCCUGGUGCCUAGCGAAGAGCUGCUAAACGCAACCUCCAUCUACGAGGUGCUCCGGAACUUCAGCGCUGUCCUGCGACUGUCCCCCUUCCGUUUCGAGGACUUUUGCGCAGCACUUAUCGGCCAGGAACAAUGCACUUUAAUUGCAGAGACCCACAUUGCUCUGCUGAAGGCCAUCCUUCAUGAAGAGGAAACAUCCAACACCAGCUUUGGGCCCGCCGACCUUAAGGACAGCGUCAACUCCACACUGUACUUCAUCGACGGCAUGACGUGGCCCGAGGUGUUACGGGCUUAUUGUGAGAGUGACGCAGAGUACCACUACGUCCUGCCCUAUCAAGAACUGGAUGAUUAUCCUUUUGGUCCUGUCGAAAGUAAAAUCAAGGUGCUUCAAUUCCUGGUCAACCAGUUUCUCACCACCAACAUCGCACGUGAAGAACUGAUGUCCGACGGCGUCAUGCAAUACGACGACCACUGUCGGGUGUGUCACCGCCUCGGUGACCUGCUCUGCUGCGAGACCUGCUCUGCCGUUUACCACUUGGAGUGCGUCAAGCCGCCACUCACGGAGGUUCCGGAAGACGAGUGGCAGUGUGAGAUCUGCGUGGCGCAGAAAGUACCCGGUGUGACCAACUGUGUGACGGAAGCCCAGAAGAACAGGCCCUACAUACGCCAGGAGCCUAUCGGAUACGAUCGCCAUCAGAGGAAAUAUUGGUUUUUCAGCAGAAGGAUUAUCGUUGAAGAGGACGGGGAACACGAGAAGAAAAAGAUCUGGUACUACAGCAGCAGAGCCCAGCUUGAAGAGCUCCUUGAGUGUCUGGAUAAGGAGUACUGGGAGAUGGACCUUUGCGCCAGUCUGGAGGAGAUGAAGGCCGAAGUUCAGACUCAUAUGGAUAUCACAGAGGACCUCACUAAUAAAGCUCGUGGAAACAAUAAAGCCUACCUCACAGCUGUCAACGAGAUGGUCACGGAACGUUUAAAGCUCAGACGGGAAGCGCGGAAAACAAACAAGCCAGCAGAGGAAGCGAAGCCGCAAGCAGAAAAAAGUUCCGGACCGUCUGCGGAGGAUUCUACCAAAGUCUCAUCACAGCCUGGCGACGGAGAACAUCAAGACGCUGAGCCCAACGAGGCGGUUACUUCGCCAGCCGCCGUCAUCCCCAUUGAUACCCGGGAGAGCUGCCUGUCUGAUUCUAAGUCCAACUCAGCCCCCCAAGAUUCAACUGAAAUUCCCGAUUCGAAUAUAGAAGCCGAGGAGGGUCGGGAAUCCCCUCCAGUGGCAAACCGGGAUAGGACAGACGUGAAUGCAAAAGCCAAGCAGAGCAACGAGUCCACGCCGGCACAAACUCUUGACGAGCAUCCCGAAGCAGGUUGUGAGGUCACCGACAGCGCGACUCCCAGGAAACCAGAGCAGCCGGACUUGUCUGAGAGGUCCUCUCGCUCUUCUUUUACCAGCCAAGAUGGGACAGAGGAGUAUAAUGAACAUCUGAAGGGCGGCAGAGCAACCGGAUCAGGACUGGACUCUAUGAACCAAAUUUUCAGAAAGAGCAAAGAGUCGUCCCCCGUGCGCUCGGAGGUGGAAACGUCACAGUCCAGCUUCUUCAAAAGCGACCUUGCAGUGAACUUGAACAACUUGUUCAAACUGGGUCAGGAAGGUAAAUAUAGAGUGUACCACAACCAGUACAGCACCAACGUCCUGGCCCUCAACAAGCAUCAGCACCGGGAGGACAACGACAAAAGGCGCCACCUUUCCCACAAGUUCAGCUUGACGCCCGCAUCGGAGUUCAAAUGGAACGGCUCCAUUUAUGGAUCCCGCAGCCUGACCAUCACCACCUUGCGUUUUAACAUCAUCCAACUGGAGAGCAACGUCCCGUCACCAUUUAUGCACCCUAACUGGGCCUCACACAGAACCAACUGGAACAAAGCAGUGCAAAUGUGCAGCAAAGCCAGGGAAUUUGCUCUGGCCUUGGCCAUACUGGAAUGUGCCAUCAAACCAGUCGUCAUGCUCCCCGUGUGGAAAGAUUCUCUCGGACACACAAGGCUACAUCGCAUGACCGCCAUGGAGCGUGAAGAGAAGGAGAAGGUAAAGAAACGGGAGAAAAAACUGGAGGAUGAGGAGACGCUGCAGCAGGCUACGUGGGUGAAGUACAGCAUUAACAUCAAGCACCAGGUAUGGAAACAAAAGGGUGAGGAGUACAGAGUGACGGGCUACGGUGGCUGGAGCUGGGUCAGUAAGACUCGAGUGCCACGCUUUCUUCCCAAAUUACCAGGAAACACAAACGUCAACUACCGAAAAGAACUGAAAGCCAAGGAAAACCGUGCCGACACGACUAAAGAGAAAAAGGCAGAGGAUGAAAUGCAAACGUCUCGAAAUUCCGACGAGGACAAGCAGCAGGUCUCCAUGAGUGCCGCAGUGAAAGAAGGGACAGAAGAGGAACAAGAAAAGGUAGAAGAGAAGGAAAUGGAGGUUGAACCCAGUCCGACAGCAGCAACAAAUGAAGAAAAUAUUGAAAACGAGGACCCUUCCUCGCCUGCCACGCAGCCCGUAAAAACCGAGCCCAUCCAGAAAGUUGACCCACCUGAAGAGGAGACGCCUUUAUACGACGUCGUCAAUGUCAGCGAAGGAUUUCAUUUGCGAACCGCUUAUAAGCAGAAGGUGAAGCCUUCCAAAUUGGACGGACUCUUGGAGCGGCGUGUCAAACAGUUCACCGUCGAGGAGAAGCAGAGACUGGAACGCCUGAGACAGGCAGCGCUGCUGUCAAAAAUGGUUUCCGCAAGGUCCACUUCUGUCGUCAAGACCGAAGCCAAACAGCUGCCCGCUUUGACUCCGUGCGUUAAAAAAGAUGACAAGCAAGUGAAAGACGGCGUCGCGAAAAAGCUCCACUUUGAUCAGGAACCGAAUGAGCCGAAAAUAAACCCGGGUAUCAAAUUGGAAUCCGCAGCGGUCAAUCGUAGCGGAGGUGCCGAAGUCAACGGAGGAAACACGGGGCUCAACGGUAAAAAUCAUUUUAAAUCGGAAGCGCUGGAAAGCCAGGAGAAAGCUCGCAAACCGGAGGCGUCCAGCGAGAACGCAAAGAAACGUAAUUACGAGGAAAUGGAGCAAGGCGAUAAGCAGGCUGACCAAAGCAAAAUCAAUGCGGAGCAGGUCAAUGGAGACAGUGGACUCACUCUUCCAUCAAAUUCAAACCUAAGCAAUCAAGAGAACAGAGAGCCCGCCAAGCCGCUGAUGAAUGGAAGUCUCUCCCAAAACGACGCUCGUCCACCUCCCUCGAAGAUCCCCAAAUUAGAAAAUCAUGUGUCUGAUACAGGAGAGCCCCCAAAUGUAGCAAGUAAGAAAAGUUCAGACGGGGCCGUGGUUGCCCAUUCCCAAACUUCCUGCCUUAAUCGUAGCGAGUCAUCCACGCAAGAAUCUCAAAACGCCCAAACUUCAAAUAAUACAGUCUCUUCCACAAAGCCAGUAUCAACCGUCUCCCAAAGUUCUAAGCCCGUCAGCGCAGAUGUGACCACUACAAAGCUGGCCACCACCGCUAACAGCUCCAUGAUGAUCAGCAAAGAGUAUAGCACUUGCGAAAGAGUCAGUCUUCUCAAAUUCACCAAAUAUAAGAAGGCACGCUCCGGCACAGCUCUGCCAUCCUAUCGCAAAUUUGUCACCAAAAGCAGCAAAAAGAGCAUCUUCGUCUUGCCCAAUGAUGACCUGAAGAGGCUGGCGAGGAGAGGAGGUUUCCGAGAAGUUCCCAUCUUCAACUACAAUGCCAAGCCAGCUCUGGAUAUAUGGCCCUACCCCUCACCUCGCCCUACGUUUGGAAUUACAUGGAGGUACCGUCUUCAGACAAUGAGAUCUCUGGCAGGAGUUAGCCUGAUGCUCAGGUUGCUCUGGGCCUGUCUAAGGUGGGAUGACAUGGCCGUGAAGCCGACAGUUGGUGUAGGACUAACGCGGAAAGGUGGGGCUGCUCCUUUAUUUGAGAAUGGGAUUGGUGGAUGCAGUGUUCCAAUGUAUUUGAUACAUUUUCCAGAAACGACAGACACGGAUAUCACCACAACCGAGAUCAUAAAACGCAGAGAUGUAGGACCUUAUGGCAUCUACUCCGAAUACUGUAUUCGGAAGAUUAUCAGUCCGCUUGGAAACAAGGACACGCAAAAAGAAACUCCCACUCCACAAAGGAAAGGCCUACGAUCAAGUGCCUUGAGGCCCAAGAAACAGGAGUCAACAAAGCCAACUGGACCUAUUGCCGUGGAGACGUGGAUUCCUGAAGAAGAUCUGGAGCUGUGGGAGAUCAGAGCCUUUGCAGAAAAAUUGGAGAAGGAGAAAUUACAGGGAGAUUCCCCGAAGAUGGUCAGUACCCUGAAAAGUGCGGAGGAUGUCAAGGCUCAUUUGGAGAAUCAGCUUAAACAGACUAGACUAGCUGCCCAGCAGAAACGCUUUGAGCAAACCGUAUCCACAGUUGCGACGACGACGACCAUCACCACCACCGCCGCCGCCACGUCGUCAUCCAGCACUUCAAGUUCUCUUAGUACACUUGUGUCCACCGGCCAGAGGGCAAAUCAGGUCACAUCAGGAACCAAGAUGGUCUUGGCCUCCAAAUUGGGCUCUUCAGUCUCCUUGCAGCAGGAUAAGAACUUCCACCAGUCUUUUGCUACCUGGGUCAGGCAGGGUCAGACCAGUAGUAAUGCAGAUGAGCAGAAAUGCACCAGCAUAUUCCCAUCCGGACCACCUGCAAACCUGAGAACCUACAGUACGCUCCAUCCUACAACUGGCAACCUCAACCUCAGAGCUACCAACUCCAUUUCAUCUGUGCAACAGAUGGUGAAAGCAGGAAGCCAAACACAACCCAAGUUAGCUUCCCAAGGCCAAGUUGGACCUGCAGCUAUGUCCGGUCCUGUGCAGACAACUGAAGGUCAGAGAGCUGCAGGUCCUGCACCGUCAUCUUGCGCUAGCAGUGCAGCGCCCGGGCAACGUCCGGUGACUCCUUCCUCCCAGCCGAGUAGACCGCAACAGGGUCAAGUCAAGCUCACUAUGGCACAGCUCAUGCAGUUAACACAGAGUGCUGAGGAAGGAAAUCCUGGUCUGACGGUGGUGAUCCAGGGUCAAGGCCAGACCGAGGGCCAGCUGCAAAUUGUCCCACAGGGUGUAACAGUCAUCCCUUCCCCUGGUCAGCAGCUGAUGCAGGCUGCUAUGCCUAAUGGCCGGGUCCAUCGCUUCCUCUUCACUCCCAUGCCGGCGCCGUCUUCAUCGGUUUCAACUUCAGCAAGCACGGCAGCUGUCCCCGCAAAGCCCGCUGCAUCGCAGAGUCCGCAAAUAGCAACUCCUGCUCUACUUAGGUCCAACGUCCAGACCGUUUCCUCGGCCCAGACCCAAAUGGCAGCUCCUAUUCCAACUCCAACGCAACCCAUUUUUUCGCAAGCGAGGCCAGAUUUGGUCACCACCACAUCCUCUCCCCAAGUGACACCCUCCGUUCCUACGACUGCGCACGUUUCUCCACCGACUCUAGUACAGUCCCAAAUUCCGGCGCCAUCAUCGCAAUUAUCCCCCGUCGCAGCCCAGGCUUUGUCCCAAACGCUAGUUUCAUCAUCCUUAGCAGGCUCCGCCCCAGUCCAACCUGAAGUGGCGACAUCUGCGCCUGCGUCACAGCAAAUUAUGAUUCAUGCACCCGUGCUGGACCAGAAUCAAACGUCAAUGGCUGUCGCAGGGCAAGUUACACCCCAAUCCCAGAUCCCGACCCAAACCUCCGCCACCUUCACGUCAGCUCCAGUCCCGAUGCAUGUUAGUACCCCAGCUUCUGUUUUUGUCCCCCUCUCAGGCAAUUCUACUGUCCAAUAUGUCAACUCUGCCCAAAUGCAAUGCAUUUCUGCCACUCUACCCUCACCCGUCCAACACCAAGUUCCGACAUCUGCCCUCACUCCCGCCUCUGGGCCAGUCAUCGCUGUGGUAUCCAAUCAAAUCGGCGUCCUGUCCCCGCCUAAAGCAGUAACCCAAAUUCAAAGCGUAGCUCCUCGUCCUCUUCCUGCUGCUGCUGCGGGGAACGCUGUGGUCACGCCGGUCACAGCCACGUAUACAACACCUUCAAUUCCAGCGCUAAUUGAGCAGAGGGCUGCUCAGCCCCAGGUUUGGAAAGCGUCUUCAUGUGAAGCCCAGGUUCCGGUCCAUUCUGUUCAACAGGCAACCAUUCCCAGUCCCUCUUCCGUUUGUACCGUGGCAUCAGGUGCCACAACGGUUUCCCCGCUGCCUCCGGCGUCUCUUUCCUUGCAAUCUCAAGUCCAACACCCAGCGGUGGUAUCCGUGCAGCAGGUGUCUCACAUUCCUCUUUCUGCUGUGCAGCUUCAAAUGAAGGCGUUACCUGUCUCCUCUGUGGUGAGUACGGUUCGACAGCCCCAAGCGUUCAAUCAACUGCAGCCCCGACCCCCAAACCAGAUCUGUGCACAGAUUCAGGUCCAACCUUGUGGCCAAGUCCAAAAAAUGCAACACAUUCAGUCGCCAGCUCAUCUGCAGGCGCAAGCGCAAAUCCACCCCCAGAUCCGAGUUCAGUUUCAGCCGCAAACUCAGCCGGUAUCGCAACCCCUGGUGCAACAGCUUCCUCAAAUUCAGCCCCAGGUGCAGUUUCAAUCCCCAAAGCCGACCUCGCCCCAAGUUCAACAAAGAGUCCAACCCCAGUACCAGUCGCAGGUACAAGGUGCACUUCAACCUCAGGCUCAGCAACAGCCCAAGGCUCCAAUCCAAGCCCAGUUGCACCCCCAGGUUCAGCUCCAGCAACAGAACCAGAUGCACCCUGUGCCUCACGCUUCGCAGCAACCUCAAGUUCAGAGUCACUCGCCAAUUCCAACCCAAAGUCAAUUCAAAGCACAGUCGCCGAGCCAGGCUCCAACUCAAGCGCAGGUGCAAGUCCAGUUCCAAUCUCCCACCCAAAGCCACGUUCAAGCUCAGCCCCAGCUCCACGUCCAGCCCUCGAUUCGACAUCAGCUCAUCACCGUUCCGGGUCUUCAACAACCAGUCCAACUAUUGUCAGCUCUUCCACCUCACGUCGCGGCCCAGAUCCAAGUUCAGAUCCAAGCGCAGGCGCAGCAGCAGCAAGGCGGCGCUCUUCCCCAGCAGAUCAAACUGCAGUUGCCUAUCCAGAUCCAGCAAACGGCCGCUCAGAUUCCCACCCACCAAAUCCAGAACAUGGUGACGAUACAGGCACCGACGAGCCUGCAGGACCAACUUCAGAGGAUGCAGCAGCAGCAGCAGCACAGAGACCAGCAACAGCAGCAACAGCAGCCGCAGCAACAUCCUCCACCACCAAAGAAGAAGAAACACCAAGAGAAUAAAAGGGAACACAAGGAUCAUAAUCAGUCGGCUGUGAGCGCGGGCGAUGGUGUUCAUAAACAGGUGGGAGCAAAGCAGAGUGUUUCGGCGGAGCAGCUCAAACUGAGGAAAACUCAAGCUGCUGCUGAGCGAGAGGAGAACCAGAGAAUGAUUGUGUGCAACCAGGUGAUGAAGUACAUUCUGGAUAAGAUCGAGAAGGACGAGAAGCAGGCAGCUAAGAAGAGAAAGAAGGACGAGGUGGUCGAGCAGAAACGCUCCAAGCAGAAUGCCACCAAGCUGACGGCGUUGUUGUACAAGCACAAAGAACAACUGAAGGCGGAGAUUCUAAAAAAGAGAGCUCUGCUGGACAAGGACCUUCAGCUGCAAGUGCAGGAGGAGCUGAGGCGGGACAUUGCCCGGCUCCAGAAAGAAAAGGAGAAAGCCCGAGCCGCCAUUGCCCAGGCUGCGGCCGCGGCGGUCAAGUCGUCCUCCCACUCCUCCCACGCCUCGCACUCGUCCCACUCCUCACACUCUUCUCACCACUCUCACUCGGCACAUUCCUCUCACAGCAACCGCGCGUCGGGAACCCCGUCGUCAUCGCACAAGCGCAAACGCGAAGACGAGCGAGACAAAGACCGAAACAGGGCGAAGGAGCGCCAUCACGACAAGAAACGGGAGCGCGAGCGGGACAAAGACCGCGAUCGCUACAAAGACCGGGAAAAAGAACGAGAGCGCGAUCGAGAGAAGGAGAGGAUGAGAGAGCAAGAGCGUACUCGGCCGCUGGACGCGGAGAAAGGCAGAGAAAGGGACCGAGACAAGGACAGGGAUCCCUUCUCGUUAAAACACAAGAAGAAGAAGAAGCUCUCGUCUACCUCAAAGGAUCACAAGAAGGACAAUAAGCUGUACUGUAUCUGUAAAACGCCUUACGACGAGUCCAAGUUCUACAUCGGUUGUGACCUGUGCUCCAACUGGUUCCACGGAGCGUGCGUGGGCAUCACCGAGAAGGAAGCCAAGAAGUUGGAGGACUUUGUGUGCAGCGAUUGUAAACGGGGCCACGAAGGAGGAAGCAAGGAGGAGCUCUACUGCAUCUGCCGGACGCCGUACGACGAAUCGCAGUUUUACAUCGGCUGCGACCGUUGCCAGAACUGGUACCACGGGCGCUGCGUGGGCAUCCUGCAGAGCGAGGCCAAUCACAUCGACGUGUACGUUUGCCCGCAGUGUCAGUCGACGGAAGACGCCAUGACCGUCCUCACGCCGCUUACCGACAAAGACUAUGAGGGCUUGAAAAGAAUUUUACGUUCCUUACAGUCUCACAAGAUGGCGUGGCCUUUCCUUGAGCCAGUGGAUCCGCAUGACGCGCCUGAUUAUUACCGUGUCAUCAAAGAACCAAUGGACUUUUCCACAAUGGAAAGCCGCCUCCAAAAGCGCCAUUACAACAAGGUCACAGAGUUUGUGGCCGACGUGACCAAAAUAUUUGACAACUGCCGCUACUACAACCCCAAUGACACGCCCUUCUUUCAGUGUGCCGAGGUGCUGGAAGGCUUCUUUGUGCAGAAGCUCAAAUGUUUCAAAGCCGGCAGGUCUCAUAACAACAAGCUACAGUCUUCAUCUUCGUAGAGCGCUGAAAAACAAAAUGCACUUGGCCAAGACGUUUGGCUUUUCUCGACUGGCCCUCUGUGACACACGUCCUGUGUUGGGGGAUGUGCUUAUUUAAAGUGCGCAACCAACCACUGCUGCUUUCACAAAGUUGGUCAGGCGCACCUCCAAGGGACCUUUUUGUUUUGUACCUGUCUUCAGAAGCGGAAGCGAAUGCAGGAGCCGGCAUUUCACAGGAAACUUUACCUCGGAGAACAGACUCUCACGGAGCUCUCAUGUUUCCAUGGACUUUAUUUUUGGUCACGUUUGUUUAGCUCUUUUUCUUUGUUCUUGUUAAAGUCUCUCUGGCCAUCCAGAUGGUCAAUUUGUUCAAUGAGAAGUAGGAAACUGAAUAUAAAUGGCUGAGUUUUAAUGAGCAUACUAAAAUAUUUUGUCUCCAUUUUUUUGUACCAUUUUCAUUGUUCACUAAAGUGGCAUGAGAAAGUUCGGGACUCAAUGUCUAGACGGCAGGAGAUGCUUGCGAUGUUCCUUACCUUCCUCUGCAAAAGUGACAGACUUGAGAAUGAUGAAUCUGUGUAUUUGAAGGUUCCUAUUAUGUUUGUAAAAAAAAAAAAAAAUUGUCAGAUUUGGACUUACAUUUUUUGUAUUACAGCUGAGGAAAUAUGGAUGUAUAUGGAAGUUAUUAAAAUGCAGAAAUAUUG